AUGGCGGCCUCCACUACUACAGAAUCGACGCAACCAGCCGUCGAUUUCCUGCACCAACCAUAUACUCGUGCAGCUCUUCCCUUCGUUAAUGGCGGUUUGGCCGGUAUGACGGCCACCGCUGUCAUUCAGCCCAUUGAUAUGAUCAAGGUGCGCCUACAGCUCGCUGGCGAGGGUGUGCGCACUGGACCUCGUCCUUCGGCCUUUGGUGUUGCGCGUGACAUUAUCGCUUCCGGAAAGGUUCGUGACCUUUACACUGGUCUAUCAGCCGGCCUCCUACGUCAAGCCGUCUAUACCACUGCCCGACUGGGUUUCUUCGACACAUUCAUUACAGCCUUCAACAAGAAGGCUGAGGCAGCCAACCGAAAAGUGACUUUCGCAGAGCGCGCCGGUGCAGGCCUGACAGCCGGUGGUGUUGCCGCUAUGAUCGGUAACCCGGCCGAUCUGGCACUCGUAAGAAUGCAGUCAGACGGCCUGAAGCCUCCCGAGGCGCGGGCUAACUAUCGUUCCGUUAUUGAUGCGCUGGCGCGCAUUUCCAAAGCCGAAGGCGUGACUGCGCUAUGGGCUGGCGCGUUACCGACCGUUGUGCGUGCCAUGUCCCUGAAUCUCGGUCAAUUAGCGUUCUUUGCCGAGUCCAAAACCCAAUUGAAGGCUCGGACAAGUCUUUCAGUUCAGAACCAGACGUUUGCCGCUUCUGCGAUCGCUGGUUUCUUCGCUAGUUUCCUCUCCCUUCCAUUUGAUUUUGUCAAAACUCGUUUGCAAAAACAACAGAAAGACCCGAAGACGGGGCAAGUGCCAUACAAGGGUAUGCUUGAUUGCGCUCGCAAAGUUGUUCAAGAAGAAGGUUGGCUGAGGUUCUAUCGCGGCUUCGGCACAUACUAUGUGCGGAUCGCACCCCAUGCUAUGGUUACGCUUAUCGUCGCUGACUACCUCAACCUCCUCACCAAAUAA